GACAUGGAUUGGACAUUAUGAACUAUUCUUGAUCAAAUGAACAGGCAGGACUAUGGGCAAAUUCCAGUCCAAACUUGCUUCGAAACGUAGACAGAGUCCUGAAGGUGGUAGUUUGGCUUCUAGUGUACUGACCUGUCAGAGGGAGCUGGAAAGCAUCCACAAAACCAAACUGACCGAGAACUUGUACGUAGAAUUGAGAGGAAGCAAGUCUGACCGUAACUGCAACCUUCAAGUGGUCCUGCCACCAAAGACGACACCUAAUGGAGGUAACAGCGUGCACUUUCGGGUCCAUAAACAGACAAAGAAGAGGAGCAGCCAUGCUGGUUAUGUGCACACACGGGUCACAGAGUGUAACAUGUUGCCUGAUGAGGACACUCAGCAGGAGUGGGUCUUCACCCUGUAUAACUUUGACAACAGUGGGAAGGUCACCAAAGAGGACAUGUCCAGUCUGAUACACUCCAUGUAUGAGGUUCUUGAAGCAUCAGUCAAGCAGCCUCACAAUGACACCACACCCCUGAAGAUAAAGCUAGUCAUAACUCCAUCAGCUGACCCAGAAAAUAUCUCACAAAUAGCAGAGAAGGAUCAGAGUGCAUCUCAGCAGGCGGGACCAUCAAUACGAAGGCUUUAUAGUGAGGAUGAAAACAUAGAGCGCAGAAACCACUACCUGGAUCUAGCUGGCAUUGAAAACUAUACCUCCAAGUUCGACAAUACAGAAUCUCCCUCUCAGGAGCCCGGUCAGGAUGCUCACUCUGCUCUGAAGCAGCACCAUGUGGUGAUCAGAGAGAACUGCAUAUCUCCCAGAACUCCCAGAGGACUCUCUGUCCCUCAAAAGAGCAAGGCUGUGUCACUGGAUAAAGACAGGAACGGAGGAGAGGGAAAGUCCUGCAGGUUACAUGGUCAUCACCCUGUGUCAUGGUGUCAUCCCUCCCAGUCUCAGCCAGCAGCACACAGCGUCCUCCUGCAGCGCACUCACAGCAAGAGGCUUCGCUCCAGGGUACAAGACACCGCCUCACACCUUAGACCCACACUGGGAGGAGAUAGGGACAUAUUUCCAAACCUUCUGCCCUCCUCUCCAGCCCAGAGACAUGAUCACCACCAUCACCAUGAGCAUCAUCAUCAUCAUCACCAUCACUACCACCCUUCAUAAAAGCAUUUUGAACACAUGUGAGACUGGUGAGAAGAGCUGGUGUAGACAGGUGACUUGAAAUGUGGUCGUUUUGGAGGUUAAACUCAGCAGGUCUUUGAAUCAUCUUGUGAUUUUAAUAGUGUGGUGGAAUCAGGCUAAAGCACUGUUAUCUAAUGUAAUCGAACCCUUAAAGAUGACCUCAACUAACCCAGAAAGGCCAGUACAAUGUUUACUGAAUGCUGUUUUUAUAGCCGUUCGGAUUGACAGGUUCCUCUCAGGUAGAUUCCCACUUGCUUUAAAAUUAUUUAAAAGAGAUACAUAUUGAUACGAGAUUGAAGAGAUACAUAUAGUGUGAAUACAGUCAAAUAAUGUAGAUAUGAAUAUAUAGAAUGUUUUUACUGAAAAGCUAUUAUUUUUGACAUAGUUAGUAUUUGCUCCCUGGCCAACUAUGUGUAUUAAAGGUCCAGUGUGUGAUUGCAGAUUGCAACCAGCUAAAACUUCUCCUGGUAAGAAUUCAUUCAGUGCCCAUUGUUUAGGAGGGUUUUACUAGGAGUCAAAUUAUCUGCAGAGGUCUCUUCCUUUCCAAACAAACGCAUCUGGUGAUUUAAAUCGGUAAAAAUGUUGGGGAAAGUAAGAAAGCCGUUCCACAUUUUAAAAAAUCAUUACAUUUUUUAAUUUUUUCUUUUUUCAACCCUAUAAGGAGACAAUGACCUACUCUCAAUGUAGAUAUAAACAGCUCAAUUCAACAUGACAAAAAUCCUUAUUUUCAGGUGAUUAUAAACUAAAUAAAACAUAC